AUGAAAGCCUCGGGAGUAAGUGAAUCGACUGUGCGCAUGCGAAAGCCGUCGGGCGUGGUGGGCCGGCGCCACGGCGGGGUCGUGAUUCAGGGCAAGCAGCGGCGCCGCGACCUGGUGCUGGGCCCGAGGGCGGCCACGCUGGACCACGUGACCGUGGAGCAGCAGAACAACACGGAGGUGGUGGCGCAGGUGGGCGGCACCGCCACCAUCAAGUGCUACACCCACUUCCUCGGAGAUGAGAUGGUAACGUGGUUGAAACGAGAUGAGGAACAUUUGCUGACCGCGGGUGGGCAGGUGUACUCGUCGGAACAGCGGUACUCAGUGUCUCACGUGCGCCACCAACAGCUGUGGGAGCUCUCGGUGAGGGAUGUCCGCCUCUCGGAUGCUGGGAUCUACGAGUGCCAGAUGACUUCGCAUCCGCCCUCCUCCCUCUUCUUUUAUCUCAGGGUCGUAGAAGCCCAGGCGGUGAUCCAGGGAGAGCCCGACGUGCAUGUGCACACUGGCGUGAGUCUGAAGCUCCACUGCGCCGUCGAACUGGCCACGGAGCCUCCUCUCUACAUCUUCUGGUUCCAUAACGACAGUAUGAUCAAUUACGCGCCCAAACGGCCACUCAAGGUCAUGAAGCACAACUUCGGUAGUUCCCUCGUCAUUAACAACGUCACAUGGGAUGACGCUGGCUCCUACCGCUGCGAACCACACAAGGCCAAAGCUGCUAACCUCACUCUGCACGUGGUCGAAGGAGAGAAGCACGCCGCCCUCCACAACGGCCAGGGGGAAGGCAAAGAGGAGCAGCCGGGGGCGUCCUCCUCCGCUGGCGGGAGCCUCGGCAGGACGGCCCUGCUCGCGGUGGCCAUCGCUCUCUGCGUCCUGCUCUCCGACGCCGCCCUUCCCAGAUUAACAGGUCAGUCCCAAGGGCUCGCCCGCUCGCGGUUAUUCAUUGCGCGCUGGUCACGAGCCUGUAACAUCGACCAACCCCCUUGA